AUGCAAUACUAAAACAAAUACGACUUAUUCCCUUCUCUAACAAAUUCCAACAACUCAUGCUUCCAUUUCGAUGAGCCAUUGAGAGAUCAAUUUGUCGAUGAAGAAAAUUACUUUAACCAAUAAUUCAAAUAACCAGUAGCAAAUGACGGAUUCCUUAGCAAUCCACAAUAGAGUUGCCAUUAUAAUAAUUAAUCCUAAUAAGACUCCCUCUUAACGUUAACUCAGACCUUAAUUAAUGGUGAUCAAUCUACCAGAAAGUAUGCUCAUUACUACAACAAUUACAAUGGAGUUAACCAUUUACUGUCAUCCGAAGCUGAUUUUGACAAAAUAUACGCCGAAACACUGUUCGGCUCAAACAGCUCUGACCUCUUGUCCAGCGAUGAUUCUUGCCCUAUUUAAUAACCAAAGGGCAACCAGUACUAGCAAGAUAACUAAUAUUCUCAUGAGUUAGACAUACAUUCUUAAGAAGAGUCUAUAGAGCCUGAUGUUGAUUCAUCACCUAAUCCAUCAGAUUAUAGAGAGCUAAUUCUAUAAAACUCAGAGCAAUUAACUUCAAUAAAUUUGAAAUAAAAUUUGUUGGACCAAAAACAGAAAGCUUAAAAGAUACCUAAACCUUUAAAAGCUAAAGCUAACCCUAAAAAGAACAAAUCAAUUAUUAAAGAUAAAAUGCAAAGAUAGAAUCCAAACAAUCAUACUUAAGUUUAGUAGAAAAAAAAUAAAUCUCCUAAACUCAAGUUAGACCAAGGUUUCAAAUCUUUGCUGAGAGGUUUAAGAAAAUCACUCUUCUCAGCCUUCGAAAAAUCUGGGUUCAGCAAUGGCUUCCACCACUUCACAGAUGAAAGAUGGAUUGCUGAAUCUAAAGCCUUCCUUUAAGGAUAUGGCUUAAUGCAACCAACUGAUAGAUAAAUCUGCGCUCUAUCUGUACUGCUCUAUCAUACUCUUGGUACAACCAUCAAGUCUAAAGAGAGACCAGAUCUACCUCUAAUAGAAGGAAAGAUACAGAAAGAAAUAUUUCUUGAAAAGAAAGAUAACUAAUUCCAUCGAGUGCUCGGUGAGGAGGGAAUGCUUCUCUACAAAAUUAUUUUUGACAAAAACAGAACCGAAACUGUUCACUAAUUCCUUAACGAUGACUUCAUCAGAGGACUGUGGCCACUGUUCAUUCAAUUUUCCGAUGAAUAAUUCUAUUUCAAAGAAGAAGUUGAAUAAGAGAAGCCAUCCAAAAAGACAAAAGCCAUUAAAAAAAAUGAUGAAAAUAAGAAGCCUAAAAGACCAAGAUCAGAGGUCCUCAAUGACUUGAGUCCAACCCUCUAGCACAUCUCGUGGCUCCUAGUCAAUGAGUACAAACUAGAAGUACCUGCUUUCUGGUUUGAAAAAUUCCCACCUGCCUACAUGAAGAAGAAGGACAACAAGAAAACAAAGACAUAUUGA